UCUGCUGGGCACAGGUGGGCGGAGCUAGUGGGCGCACUGCUGGGCACAGGUAGGUGGCACUUCUGGGCACAGGUGGGUGCACUGCUGGGCACAGGUGGGUGCACUGCUGGGCACAGGUGGGUGGAGCUAGUGGGCGCACUGCUGGGCACAGGUGGGCGGAACUUGCGGGUGGCACUGCUGGGCACCGAUCAUCAGGGCACUGAUCGAUCUGACAGCGUGAGGAAAGUGCAGCCGAGGACCGGCACUUGCAUUUCCCUCUGAUCAGCGUGUCAUUGGACACCGCUGAUCAC